AUGAUCCGUAAAUAUCAUUACACGGGCCCCAUCCCGCCUGAGCUGACACAUCUUUCUGUGGAUGAGACAGUCUCAGAAAUUGGACCAGGAACCUUCAAGGGAUGUUCCAGUUUGUUGUCGGCCCAGCUCCCGGAAGGCGUCAAGAUUAUUGACAAGAGUGCCUUUGAAGAUUGUACGGCAUUGAGUCAAUUGAUUUUGCCACCAAACUCAUUACAAGAGAUCCGAGACAAGGCGUUUAUGAAAUGUCAACGACUUGUGUCGGUCCAGUUACCACAAGGAAUGCGUGUAAUUGGCAGUGAGGCCUUUGCCGAGUGCUCCCAGUUGAAAAAGGUCGAGAUUGUGGCGAGAGGACCUGCGCAUUUGCAACUCAUUGGGACCUUUGCCUUUCGGGGAUGCAAGGCAUUGAAGGAAAUUUCACUACUCAGGACGAUUGUAACCACCAUUCGCGGUGGUGCCUUUGCUAGAUCUGGACUAGAGUCAGUCGAACUGCCGCCACAGUUGCAAGUGUUGGAAGAAAAGUUGUUUUUCCAAUGCACAGAUUUGACAUUGGUGAAGCUGCCGUCACACUUGAAAGAGAUUGGACUCCAAGUCUUUUGGGGAUGUCACAAUGUCAUGUCCCUCGAGUUUCCGAAAUCACUUCAGUACAUUCACAGGGGAGCCUUUCAAGGGUGUUCCUCAUUGACCACUAUUUCUCUGCUGCACAAUACGCUAUUGCAGUUCUUGCCAGAACACGUCUUUGAGAACUGUGGGGGGUUGACAGAAGUGUUGUUGCCUUCCAGCUUGAUCAAAAUUGGAUCGUCGGCCUUUCGGGACUGUGUUUCGCUGAAAGAUAUCAAACUGCCGGUAUCGGAAAUUGACGACUAUGCGUUUGCAGGGUGCCACUCCUUGGCCUUGGUCUUCUUUUCCGAGGGUUUCACGGAUGACAAGGGUAAUAAGCAAGCGUCACCCCCUCUGAAGUCUAUUGAAGAAGGGGCCUUUUUGGACUGUCGAUCGUUGACCUUUUUGAAAAUCCCAUCUUCCCUCAAGUAUUUGGGACCGCGGGCAUUGGAGGGAUGCGAGAACCUGCAAACGAUUCAUUUGCCAGAAGGUAUUGCAUUGCUUGAAGCCAAUACCUUCAAGGGAUGCUCCUCCUUGCAAAUGGUGAAGAUGAAAUUGACUGUCACCGAGUUUCGUACCGGCGCCUUUGAAGGUUGUUCCAAGUUGGAAGAAGCCAACAUGCCAGAAGGUAUCCAGAGCAUUGGACCUAGGGUGUUCUUUGGAUGUGAGUCGCUAGUCAAGAUUUCCGUUCCGUCUACUAUUCAUGAGGUUCCGGACGAAGCCUUUAUGAACUGUAUAGCUUUGACGGAUGUGACAAUUCCAGACACUUUGGAACGUAUCGGUCACAAGGCAUUUGCCAACUGUGUAGAUUUGAAUGCUGUCGAUUUGACGGGCAAGGCAACUAGAAAAGAAUUGGAUUCUUUUGAUGGGUGCAAGAAAAUGUGGCCCGGUUUGGUUGCACCAAACGCACCCACCAUUUUUGACAUCAAGUAA